AUCCUUGUUUUCGAAUCCGCUCUCUCUGUUUGGCUACAGCCUGAUAACAUCAGCGAUUAGCUGCUUCUAAAUUAAAAGGUUGACUGUGACCAGAAGGAAUUAUAAACACGGGCUGCACACAACAUUUCAAUAUCUGAUAUAAUAAUCUGUGUUUCUGCAACAUGACGCACAAGUCGAUUACGUGCCGUGAGUCAGUCAUUCAGGCGAACUGCAGCCCCUGGGUGCUCUCCACGGGGCUCGGGGCCGGAAUGCAAACAAAGCUGGUCACACCCAGACCUCGCUUCUAAAAAGAGCCUCCACGUUUGCAAGAUUUCGCAUCAGUGUUCGUAGUGUGGCCUCACUGGCUGCAGGCACUCCAACAGUUCCACGACCAUCUGACCGGUAUACAGCAAAACAUUCAGUUUAUGGUGGAGAUGGAGAGGAAUGGUCGCCUCCUGUUCCUGAACAUUCUAAUACAACAGAAACUGGAUGGCAGCCUCGGACAUGGCGUCUAUCGGAAACCUACUCCCACGGACUUGUAACUCAACUAUAACAACUACCAUCACGUCUCCCAACAUGGAGUGGUUCCUUCUGCCUUGAUUAACUGUGCAGAAACUAUUUCAGACCCCGAGAGUCUCUCCGAGGGAAUAAAAGAAUUAUGCACAACAUUCCUACAGGAUGGCUACAAGAUGAGGGAAAUCAAUCGGGCCCUUAACAGGGCCAAAGGAAAACUCAGGAAACCGAACAAUGAGGAGGAACUCGUCACUACUGCCUGUCUUCCCUAUAUUCCCACUGUUUCUGGAAGGAUCGCCAGGAUCCUGAGGAAAUACAGGAUUAACACCAUUGACAACCCCGUAAGGAAGCUCAAAUCACAGUUUAUGGGGGUCAAAGAUGACCUGGGACUUGCAUUGGCUGGCAUUUACAGGAUUCCCUGUGAAUGAGGAGUAGCGUCUAUAGACCAGACAGGAUGCACAGUGGAAACUUACAUCAAGGAGCACAUGAGGUGUAUCUGUUUGGGUUACCCGGAGAAAUCGGCCGUAGUAGAACACUUCGAUGGUUUGACUUUGAUGGCACAGAACAACUGAAAAAAGCCAAUGGCUUUUGGGACCACCUGGUGAAGAAAGCCAUUGAAAUAAAACUAGAGGAAAAUAACUUUAACAAAGACGAAGGUCUCGCUCUAAGUAAGAACUGGAAUUCGAUUGUAAACAAGGUGGGAGAGCGGAGACCUGAUUGGAUGAGAACUAACUCGAAGACUACCACACACAGGAGGUUGUGGUAGAACAAAGGACCCUACGAAUCAAAGAAAUCAAAGAAAAUCAAAGAAACAAAGAAUCCUGGAAAUUCUUGUCAAUGUUCCUCGCCUUCUGCAUGCCCCCUUGGCUGAACAGAGGAGCACUUUUACUAAUAGACUAAGACAACUGCACUGCUUCGAAGAGUGCUAUGUGAGGUCAUUCUUACCCUCGGCCAUUAGGCUCUAUAAUGAGUCAACCUACAGCCGGGAAAGUGAUGACUCCCUCCUGUUAGACUGUUUGAGCCUUUUCAGAUCCUGUGUAGUGGGCCCUCAUCGUCCAUUCAGGCGUCUGACGGAGGGUAGUAACGAGAAGAGGGCAUGUCCGCACGGUAAUGCUUCAACUCCUUCCAGUGGUGCCUAGAUCUGUGGAUCACAGUCGUAAGAAAAGGGCCAAGCCAGUUAAGGGAGGAGAAGAGAUUUCUUCACCCAGAGAGUCUGCCUGACCCACUGAGUUCCUCCAGAAGUUUACCGGUUUGUCCAGCAGGUGGUGGUGUUGUCCCACAGGCAAACAGAUCAACUCCAUUCCAUUGCAACGGGCUAGUUGUGGAUGGUGGUAAACAGGUGGUUACUGGGUCACCCAAGAGAGAGCAGCACAACUACACACACAAAAUGCUGGAGGCCAUGCAGCAUCUAUGGAAAAAAGUAAAUAGCCGACGUUUCUGGCCGAGACCCCUCGUCAGGACUGCAGAAAGAAAGAUGAAGAGUUGGAGUAAGGAGGUGGCAGAAGGGGAGGAAGAAGCACAAGGAGUACAAGAAAAUUCGGCAUGUCCCCGACGACUCUUACCAAUGCACCAUUGAAAGCAAUCUGCCUGGAUACGUCACAGCUUGGUAUGGUCUGAAAGAAACUGCAGAGGGUUGUGGACACAACUCAGCACGUCACGGAAACCGGUCUCCUACCUAUGGACUCUGUCUGUAUUUCUCACUGCCUCACGGUGGUCUUGCUGGCCUGCCUGCAACUGGGCUCCGCCUACAGACUGGCGUGUUACUUUGCCAACUGGGCUCAGUACCGACCCGGAGCGGCGAAAUACGUCCCCGAUGACAUCGACCCCUGUAUGUGCACCCACCUGAUCUAUGCCUUUGCCGUAAUGAGCAACAACAAGAUCGUCACCUACGAGUGGAACGACGUGACCCUCUACCACUCGUUCAACGCGCUGAAGACCAGGAACAAAAACUUGAAAACCCUGCUGUCUGUCGGAGGCUGGAACUUCGGAACUCAACAGUUCAGCACCAUGGUGUCCACACGUGAAAACCGUCAGACCUUCAUAACAUCCGCCAUCAGCUUCCUCCGAAAGUAUGGCUUUGAUGGUUUGGACAUCGAUUGGGAAUAUCCUGGAUCGAGGGGAAGUCCUCCGCAAGACAAGCAUCUCUUCACCGUGCUAACUCAGGAGCUGGUCUCAGCCUUCGAGGCCGAGGGGAAGAGUACAGGGAGGCCGCGGCUCCUGCUCUCGGCGGCCGUGGCUGCCGGCAGACCCACCAUCGAGACGGCCUACGAGAUCCCUCAGCUGGGACAAACUCUGGACUUUUUCAACGUGAUGACAUAUGAUUUCUAUGGAUCCUGGAACCCGUUCACCGGGGAGAACAGUCCUCUCUACGCACUCCCUAAUGCCCGCGGCAACAACGAGUUCUUCAAUGUGGACUACACCAUCAAAUACUGGAAGGAUAACGGUGCUCCGGCCGAGAAGAUCAACGUCGGAUUCCCUGCCUACGGACGCAGCUUCACACUCCGAACGUCCAGCACGGCGGUGGGAGCCCCAUCUGUGGGCCAGGGGCCAGAGGGUCACUACACCCAGGAAGCCGGCUUCAUGGCAUACUUUGAGAUCUGCCUCUUCUUAAAUGGUGCUACGCAGAAAUGGGACGCUCCCCAGAUGGUCCCAUACGCCUACAAGGGAAAGGAUUGGGUUGGAUAUGAUAACCCAAAGAGUUAUGAAAUCAAGAUCAAGUGGCUGAAGGAGAACCAGAUCGGAGGAGCCAUGGUGUGGACCCUCUCCCUGGACGAUUUCAGCGGCACCUUCUGUCACCAGGGACGCUACCCUCUCAUCAGCAAGCUGCACUCUGAGCUCAACAUUAACCCAGAAUGCGUGGCUCCUCCUCUCCCCACCAGUGCUCCCACAAAAAGUCCUGGCAACCUCAACUUCUGCAAAGGGAAAUCCAAUGGUUUCCAUGCCGACCCCCAGAACAAGAAUGUCUACUACCAGUGUGUGAACGGAAAGACCUACAUUCGACAGUGUGACAGUGGGCUGGUCUUCGAUCCGUCCUGUGAUUGCUGUAACUGGGCUUAAGGAGUGGUUUCAAACAUUCAAGCUUGGAGGUGCCAGAAACAGCUAAACGAUUUCACUACUUCAACAAGUUCAGAA